AUGGGUACAAACCCGUUCCUGCGCGUGCCGCCAAAGCCUAUUGCGCAGCGCUUGCCCAACAGGCAUGCAGAUACAAGUGAAUCCAGCACUGCGGAUGUAUUGGGGGAGUGUGAGCUGACACCGUUGCGUGCACACUAUCUAAAAAAGACACUUGUCUCGCUCCAACUCCAGCGCGAGCUUGCACUUGCGAUGCAGGGUGACGUGCUCGGUCAGCUUGGCCCGCCGUUUAAGCAGACACCAAAUGCGCCGCAGGUAGAUUUGCCUUUUCUGCGCCACUUUCUGCACAAGUUCGUGCUAACAUUCCCAUUUUUCGUGCGCGCACCGCCCGAUUUCUUUUCCACCAAAGUGCAGGCAUUUGUAGAGCGGCUUGUCGCGCACAAGAUUGUGGUGAUUGACGAGGCGACUGGGGACUCGGCGCGUCUCCCCAAUAUUCUGUCGCGCUUUGAAAGGUAUGCGUGCCUGCUCAUGAGUUCCGCUUUGCACGUUCCUGGCGGCGAGGAAGUUGUGCACAUUACCGAAGAAGACAGGCAAAAGAUUGUAUCGAUGGAGAAGCACCGUUUUGCGGCGCAAAAUGCCGUGCUUAACCAGCAUGCCGCCGAAGCGCUCAGCGUGAAUAUCGCGUCCGUGCGCACGAUCCGAGAUCGAGGAAUGCUUCGGAGCCGAGAGCACGACGAAUUCAUCUUGUGUACUCAUACUAACAACGGUGAGCAGGUAUUUGUUGCGCGGCGCUACUGUGACUUUCAAAAUUUACAUCUCACGCUGCGCGCGACGUUGCCUGCGAAUGAGAUUCCUGGCCCCCCACCCAAAGAUCGAACCGCAACGACCGUCUCUCAGGCGGUUCGUCAUGACAGCCCCACAGUCCUGCCGCGCGAGCGCAAUCGACUUACGUUGCGUGCGUACAUGCAUGGCUUGAUGGGUGUCCCUUCCGUAGCGGACAGCGACGCAAUGCGCGACUUUCUCCUAAAAAACCCCAUCACGCUCACCGCACAAGAAAAAGCCGACGCUGAAGCGCGCCGCCGCGCCGAUACGAUCCGCGAAGAAGAGCGUGCACGAUUUGCCUCCGACACUGCGGUGCGUGUGCAGGAGCUGCGCAAGCAUAUUGGCGACUUCAAGGCGGAGCUCAUGCAGCCAGACGGAUUGAGCCACAUGUUUAGCAUCAUUCGACAGUGCCCCCGCGCUUCUGAUUUGCCCCCGCGUUUUCGUGUCAUGCUCGAUUGGGCCGAGUCGUCCAUGGCUGCGGGUCUGUUUAGCAUGUUUGUUGGGAGCGACACCGCAUCGCAAUCCUUUGCGAACCUGAAAUUGAUCCAUGGAAUGAUGCCCUACUUUAUGAUUCGAAGCAUUCUCCGCAUUUCCAAUCCACUCGCUAUGAUUCGCUCUCUCCUAGACCUGUUUCUCGUGCAACCCUUCGGGCAAAAGAGUCUGCUCCAGCGCAUGUUUACCGGCCAGCUCCAAGAGGAGAUUAACGAGCUGAGCGCGAUGGGAAAAGGCGUCCAGGCCAAGGUCCAGGACAUGACGCUGAUCCAAAAGAUGGAUGAGUUUGUGGCGCUCCCUUGGGAAGCGCAAAAUGCGCUUGCCAAACAGGCUGCACAAGAGCGCAUCGAUUUGGUGACUGCCAUUAUGCGCUCGCCCAUUGGCUGUGAUUUGCAGCGGCUCCAAGUCCAUCGUAUUGUGUUGGCCAGUCGUGCAUACGAGCAGUUUAAGCGGCGACGCAGCGCCGCUGAAGCAUGCGGAAGCGAGCAGGUCCAGCCAGACAAUGACGACGCGUGGCUUUAUGAAGACUUGCACGUUUACUUAAAUCUUACGCGCACGAUCCGCGACAAGGAGCAGCUUAUUGCGCUCGUAUUCGACAGCGCGACAACCGAGUUGGCCAAAGACAUGAUCACGAUUUUCUACGCGCCGCUUGCACAGGUCUACAAAGCAGCAAACAUCGCCGAUACCCUCAGCGACGCGCAAAACUUUAUCACGGACUUGAUCCGCACUGUGGAGGAAAACGUUGACUUGAACGCGAGCAAUCCACGCUACACUGUCCAGGUAUUUAACGAUCUUGUGCGCCGCCACGAGCGCCUCUUUUACAAUUUUGUUUACCAGGUGCAGUCUAAAGGAUCUGACUUGUUCGACAGCCUUGCGCGCUGGAUCGAGCUGUUUGUAAACUAUGUGCGUGACCCAGCACAAAGCUCCGAGGCCACGUCUGAAGGGCUGGGUACGGUAGACCUUGCAUCCUGCCUCCCUGACGGCGCACAGCAAGCCAAGGUUUUGAACGAAGUGGAUGAGAUCAUCAAGCAUACCUACCAGCGCAAACUCAAGCGCGAACUCAAGAUGCAACGGCGUCUCUCCAAGGCGGAAAUUUCAGGCGCCGCUGAAGCGUAUGCCGCUCGGCGCGAAAAAGCCGACGAGGAUGCCUUUGUGCAGGCCAUGUCCGACGAGUUUGGCUUUGGCGCCAUGUUCGGCCAAGUCGCCGAUGUUGCAGCGGAGGAAAGCGAGGAGUCGAGCAUGGACGCGGUUUCCGAUUCGGAUUCUGACGACCCUGGAAAUGUAGACCAUGCCAUGCACAAGGUCAAGGCCGAGGCGCCACAAGCGGCAAGUACCGACGCAAUUCUUGCGCUUCUACCGGCCUUCAUGGCACUUGUGCGGCCAACACUCCGCGACCCUGUAUAG